AUGUUGAGAUCCGUCAGAGCCUUCUCCCAAUCCGCCUCCGCCGCCUCCAAGGUCUACAUCACGACCUCUAUUGGCGGUGUCAAGCAAUCUCCUAUCAAGUUCGAGUUGUUCUCCGAUGUCGUUCCAAAGACCGCCGAGAACUUCAGAGCCUUGUGCACUGGCGAGAAGGGUUUCGGUUACGCCAAGUCGGCCUUCCACAGAGUGAUCCCAAGCUUUAUGUUGCAAGGUGGUGACUUCACCCGCGGCAACGGUACCGGCGGUAAGUCCAUCUACGGUGAGAAGUUUGCCGACGAGAACUUUGCCAAGAAGCACGACAGACCCGGUUUGUUGUCCAUGGCCAACGCUGGUCCAAACACCAACGGCUCGCAGUUUUUCAUCACCACUGUUCCAUGUCCAUGGUUGGAUGGUGCCCACGUUGUCUUCGGUGAGGUCAUCGAGGGUAUGGAUGUGAUCAAGGCCAUUGAGGCCCAGGGUUCCAACAGCGGUUCCCUUAGAGCUCCUGUUGUGAUCGAGGAGUGUGGCGAGAUCCAAGAGUAA